AUGGACCAAUCCUCAAAGAUGCUCACGGAAGCCCACGAGAUAUAUGCACGAAUGGGAGGCUCUACGGGCGACACGGCCACGCGACCGCCUGCAUACAAGGGUAUCGGUAUUGCUCUGGCCGUUGCUUCGGGCGCGUUCAUCGGAACCUCCUUCGUGGUCAAGAAAGUCGGUCUGCUAAAAGCCAACGAAAAGUACAACGAAGCCCCUGGCGAGGGCUAUGGCUACCUCAAAAACGCCUGGUGGUGGACUGGCAUGAUUCUCAUGAUUGUUGGAGAGAUUUGCAAUUUUGUCGCAUAUGCCUUCACUGACGCCAUUCUCGUCACCCCGCUCGGCGCACUCUCUGUCGUUUUAACUGCCAUUCUCUCCGCCAUCUUCCUCAAGGAACGUCUGAGCAUGGUCGGCAAAGUCUCUUGCUUCCUCUGCAUUGUCGGAUCCGUCGUCAUUGUCAUGAAUGCACCCGAGAACUCGGCAGUCGCCAACAUCCAACAGAUGCAAAGCUAUGUCAUUCAUCCGGUAUUCCUGACGUACGCUGGUGUCAUUCUCAUUGGCGCCGCUAUCACUGCAUGGUAUGCUGGUCCGAGAUGGGGUAAGAAGAACAUGUUGGUCUAUAUUUCCAUCUGCAGUUGGGUUGGAGGCUUGAGCGUUGUGGCGACGCAGGGUCUGGGAGCUGCCAUUGUCGCCCAGGCCGGAGGACAAGCUCAGUUCAACCAGUGGUUCACCUAUGUCCUGUUGGUGUUCGUCAUUGGUACGCUACUGACGGAAAUCAUUUUUCUCAACAAAGCCCUGAACCUGUUUAACGCAGCCCUCGUUACGCCCACUUAUUACGUCUACUUUACCAGCACUACUAUCAUUACCUCAGCAGUCCUAUUCAGAGGAUUCAAGGGUACACCUACCGCAAUCAUCACCGUUGUCAACGGUUUCUUGACAAUUUGCGCCGGUGUGGUACUGUUGCAACUCUCAAAAUCCGCCAAGGAUGUGCCCGACACGGCCGUCUUCUCCGGUGAUCUUAACCAGAUCCAGACAAUCGCCGAACAGGAACAGCCCGAAACCGAGCCGAAAGCCGAUGCCAUCCGUGGGGCCGCUGCAAUCGUGCGCCGUUUGUCCUCAGCCAGACAGAAGAUGGAAGAGGAAGAGUUCAGGAGGUUACAUGAAGAGAAGCUACGAGAGUCUUUGGAGCCUGUCAGUGAGGAUGGUCAGCCAAUGUAUGAAUGGGACGGGUUGAGGAGGCGCAGGACCAUGACGGUGGGAAGCCGGAGCACCCGCGGAACCAUCAUCUCGCCUUACCCUGUGCCUCAUUCCGGCGUUCCUCUCACGCCGGCCGUGAUCCCCCCGAUUACUCCCCAGGCCCACCCGCCACUGGGCAUGUCUCACUUUCCGACCGAAGAGGAAAUGGCGGAGCAUGACCGCCCUACAACCCCCGGCAUGCUCUCGAGCAUUGCUGGCACGAUUCGCGAGCGAGCACGGAGCGUCUUGUCAACCCACCAACCUCAGUUCCAGGACCCCAGGAUACAAAGCCCUAUGCAUCCCGUUCCUUUGACAGAGAUUGCCGUAUCCACGCUCAAGUCGGACGGUGACCAGGACCCGUACUACGGCAAGAGCAGUGAACACGUGUACGGCUUGCCAGCUGACAGCCAGGGCGAUUUUGAGUACAUUGGCGCUGGCGGUGUCUCUGACCAACGAGGUGCAUCUCGGGGUAGCGCUCUCAGUGGUGCCAGCUCGCAUCUGGCACCGACCCCACCACCCCACUCAGCGAGGAGACAAUUCUCCUUCACGAACGUGUUCAAGAGGCACCACGCCGAUGCACCACAUCAAGAGGGGGAGGAGCCGUCGCAUAUCCGACCGACCAGCCGGUAUGGUCUCGGCUCACGCGGUUACUCCAGUCCACGGGUCAAGAAUGCUACUGAAGAGGAGCGGCUCGGCCUUGUCAAAGGAGACUCUCACUCGAUGCCUCCUUUGCGGCGCUAUGAUGCUGAUGAGGAGGACGAAGAAGAUCCCUACAUUGACGAUAAGAUAAGACGCGUGGAAUCGAGCCCGAGUCCACCGCAGCCUCUGAGAUACGGGCGAGGUAUCACGACCCCGCCACGAAAACCCAGCGACGGCCGUGACACUGAUUUCGAGUCUGAAGCACCGACGCCGCCUCCCCAUCGACCGCAGCCAGGCGAAGGCCGGCCUAAUGCAUUCCUAUGA